GCAGGUCACUGAGCUGCAGAUCCAAGUAGCGACUCUAGUGAAGACGCAUGGACAGCAACAUUGGAAGACAAAGAAACAUCCAGUAGGGUCAAUGGACAAUUGGAUAGACGGCAACAGUGACCACAUCCAGAGGGAGGACUUUGCUCUGAAGUCAAUGGGUGCCUCUGUUGUGAAACACAGUGAAAGCUACAAGACAGGUGCACAGAUUUGUAUGUUUUGGCUCUGCUGGGAAUAUUCACGGUCUCCAGAUGUGAUUCUACAGCGGGAUAACGCCCCAGGGAACUGCUGGGCUCUGCGUGGAUCUCGCGGCUUUGUCGUGGUUAAAUUAGCCAGAGUUAUCCAACCGCUGGCUGUCACGCUGGAUCAUAUUGCCAAGAAAGAUUCUCAGACAGAAGAGAUUUCCAGUGCCCCCCAAAACUUUGCCAUUUAUGGGCUGAAAGAAGAUUUUGGAGAGAAGGGAGCUGCUUUCUUAGGGGAGUUUGUCUAUGAUCAGGAUGGGUUCCCUGUCCAAACAUUCAAGCUGGAGGAUGCAAAUGCAGAUCAAUUCAGAUAUCUACAGCUGAGAGUCUUGAGCAAUUGGGGCCAUCAAAACUAUACGUGCAUCUAUGGGCUUCGUGUGCAUGGGAACCCAGCACUCUGAUGAACCAGCAAGAAUCCACAUGAAAUAAAUAAUUACACCUGGGUAAUGCUUUCACUUUGAUAGUGUUGGUCUGGCUAGUAACAGACAAUGGAAACUGCCUUGUUUCUCUAUAUUACUUUUGCCUCACUCCCAACUGGGGAAGAUGGUUAAGGAAAUGUAACCUGAUUCUUAAAAUCUAAGUUGUGGCCAUGGGCAGAAAACAACACUGUAAAAAUGGCACCGUCUUACAUCACUGAUCUGCUCCCAGAGUAUAUUCUGAAUCCAAUUUGCAGAUUUAAUGGGCCAAAAUAUAUUUUAACAAGUCCUAUUAGUCCUGAUGAGCCAAUACUUUUAGGAAAGACUGAACCCGAGUCUGUCCCAGCUUGAAUACCAUCCACUGACUUGUUAACAAGGCUUUGUUUGUAGAAUGGACAUUACUGUUGCUGACACAUUGUAGUCAGAAAGAACCAAGCUGGACUUUCAAAUUCCAGUGGGCUGGCUGUUAGUGUAGAAAUAUAAUUCUCCUUGCAAUUUUAAUCUGGGAAAAGAGCACCACAACAAGAGUGGAGCCCACAAUACCAUUUGUAGGGUCACUUUUCAGAGCAGAACCACAUUUUAAACUCUGUUCCUAAAGAAUUAGAGACAUUUGUGACCCUGGUGUCUUUCAAAGUCAGAAAACACCUAUGCUGGGCUGAGGCAGUCAGGUCCUGGCUACCCAAAAGAGAGUCUACUUCUUAAGAAAAACAUUCUGGAUAUGUCUACA